AUGGCCCGCAUACUGGCAAAGUCAGCCCAAUCUUUGCAGCAAGUGUGUCAGGGACCAAGCAAGCUCGAAGUCGACUACCGGGAGAUCCUCAAGACCGGACUCACACCAUCUGCAUCAGGUUCAGCCUACCUUGAGCUUGAGACAACCCCACAGCAUCUCAAGAAACCUCACUCUCGACAACCCGCCCUCAAACUCGCAUGUACUGUUCAUGGCCCCAAACCUCUCCCGCGCUCGGCACCCUUCUCUUCUCAGCUUAUCCUGUCUACGCGUGUGAAAUUUGCACCCUUCGCCACUAGAGAGAGAAAGGGUUACGUCCCAGAUCCAAGUGAGCGUGAUCUUGCGGCUCAUCUCGACACAGCUCUGCGAGGCGUUCUGCUUGCCGAGCGUUGGCCCAAGAGUGGCUUCGAUGUAAUUGUCACUGUGCUAGAGGGCGAGCAGGACACUUCUGUUGUGGAGAGUGCAAACACAUGUGGGAUGCUGGACAUGAUGAACAUCCUAUCCGGUUGCAUCACAGUUGCUUCAGCUGCGAUGGUGGAUGCGGGGAUUGACUCUUGCGACAUCGCAACGGGUGGCGUAGCGGCUCUUGUCGCUCAUGCAGGGGACGAGCAAUCGUAUGUGCUUGAUCCUUGCCCUUCCGAGGAACAAACAGUCAUCGCCGCGUGCGUCGUCGCUUAUUUGGAAUCAAGAGACGAAAUCACUGAGCUAUGGGCGAAAGACAGUGGUCAUAGUCUGAACGAGGAGGCGCGAACGGUUGUGAACUACGAAACGCUUGUGGACAAUGCCGUUGAGGCUGCGUCGGCAGCAAGGCUUGUAUUACUGGAAAUCCUACAAGAAAGAUAA